GAGCUCAGAACCAAGUACUGAAAAAAGGGGUUGUAGAUGAACAAGCAAACUCUGCUUCUCUGAAGGAGCAACUGAAGAUGAAGGAUCAGUCACUGAGAAAACUGCAGCAAGAAAUGGACAGCUUGACCUUCCGAAAUCAGCAGCUUGCCAAGCGGGUGGAGUUACUUCAAGAUGAGCUUGCAUUAAGUGAAACGAGGGGCAAGAAGAACAAGAAAAGCGCAGAAUCCUCGUCUCAGUUAACUCAAGAGCAGAAAAGUGUUUUCAAUGAAGAUCUUCAGAAGAAGAUAGAAGAGAAUGAACGACUACAUAUACUCUUCUUUGAAGCAGAUGAGCAACACAAACGGUUAGAAGCGGAGCUGAGGACUAGACUUGAGGUUUUGGAAACUGAUGCUGCCCAGCACCAAGCUGUGGUGGACAGUUUAACGAGGAAAUACACAGAUACCAUAGAAAAACUGCAGAGUGAUAAAGCCAAAUUAGAAAUCAAGUCUCAGACACUAGAAAGAGAAGCUAAGGACUGUAGGCUUCGUACCGAAGAAUGCCAGCAACAGUUAAAGAAUCUUCAAGCAGCUUUGGGCAGUAGACUGGAAGAAUCUCUAUGCAUAAUCAAUGAAAAAGUACCUUUUAAUGACACAAGAUCUAAUCGAUACAAUGCUCUGAAUGUGCCAUUACACAACAGAAGGUACCAGCUGAAGUUGCGAGACCUUGCUGGCCAGGCGCUGGCUUUUGUUCAAGAACUUGUAACAGCUCUUUUGAACUUCCAUACGUACACUGAGCAGAAGGUUCAGAUCUUUCCCAUUGAUUCUGCAACAGACACUAUAUCACCGUUAAAUCAGAAGUUCUCACAGUAUCUUCAUGAAAAUGCUUCCUAUGUUCGCCCUCUGGAGGAAGGAAUGCUUCACUUGUUUGAGAGUAUUACAGAAGACACUGUGACGGUCCUGGAAACCACUGUGCAAUUGAAGGCCUUCUCAGAACAUUUAGCCUCCUACUUGUGUUUUUUAAGGAAGAUUCUUCCUUAUCAGUUAAAAAGUUUGGAAGAAGAGUGUGAGUCUUCUCUUUGCACAGCUGCUUUAAGAGCUAGAAAUAUGGAGCUCCACAGAGACAUGAAAAGGUUGACUGCAGUCUUUGAGAAACUACAUACGUACAUUAGUCUUCUUGCAUUACCAAGUACAAACCCAGAAGGACUUCUUCGGACAAAUUACAGCUUAGUGUUUACAAACAUUGCUGCAAGUCUCCAUGGAUUUCAUGACAUUUUAAAAAGUAUUUCCAAACACUACAGUCAGAAAGCUACUUUAGAGCAAGAUGUUCCAACUGCCACACAGAAACUUGUAACUACAAAUGACUGUAUUUUAUCCUCUCUUGUGGCUUUAACAAAUGGAGCAGGCAAGAUUGCCUCAUUCUUUUGCAACAACUUGGAUCACUUCACUGCUUCGCUGAGCUAUGGCCCUAAAGGAGGAACGGAGUUCAUCAGCCCUCUUUCAGCCGAGUGUAUGCUGCAGUACAAGAAAAAGGCGGUUGCUUACAUGAAGUCUUUGAAGAAGCCUUGUGCAGAUUCAGUGCCUUAUGAAGAGGCUUUAGCCAAUCGCAGAGUUCUUCUGAGCUCCACAGAAAGUAGAGAAGGACUUGCACAACAGGUCCAACAGAGCUUGGAGAAAAUUGCAAAACUUGAACAAGAAAAAGAACACUGGAUGUUGGAGGCCCAGCUGGCUAAAAUAAAGCUAGAAAAAGAAAACCAAAAACUGAAGAACUCUCUUAGCGGACAUUUAACUGAAGCUGUACAAGAGCGUUCUGUUUUGCCAAAUGUAGCUGAACAAAAGAAGGAAACCACAGAAAAGAAUACUAUAAAGAGUACUAGUCUGAUUGGAAUGUUGACUAUAACUACUGAUAAUGAAAAGGCUCCAGAUGUUGAGUCUCGUGAAGACCUGAUAAAGACCCACUACAUGGCAAGGAUAGCUGAACUUACAUCUCAUCUGCAGCUUGCUGACAGCAAAUCAGUACACUUUCAUGCUGAGUGUCGAGCACUUGCCAAAAGACUGUCGUUAGCAGAGAAGUCCAAGGAAUCACUCACAGAAGAGCUGAAACUGGCUAGUCAAAACAUCAGUAGAUUACAGGAUGAGUUGAUGACAACGAAGAGGAGCUACGAGGACCAGUUAAGUAUGAUGAGUGACCAUCUCUGCAGUAUGAAUGAAACCUUAACUAAACAAAGGGAAGAAAUUGAUACACUCAAGAUGACUAGUAAGGGAAAUUCUAAAAAGAACAAAAAUCGAUAG